CAGGUGACAGACCUUCGCACGUUAAUCUCGUCUACUGUAGACUUAACAGAUGUCUGAGAUGGACGGACAGUCUUGUGUGUCCAGUAUGAUGGUCUGGACUCCCAUGACAAAAAUUCGCGAGAAUCGCAAGAAGUACAAGCGGAAGUACCGCCUGCGGAAGGAUAUGGAAACAGUGGAGUACACCGCCGGAAUUAAGACAUGUCGAGCUUGUACCAAACGCCCACCAGAGGAACAGAACUUUGAGAUUACGAACAUCGCGGAAGUGUUCCUCAGCAAGCUGACUUUACUCCGCUCCCGUGUGGACAGAGAAAGUAUUACAGGAGCGACCAAGACUUUCAGCAUUUACUACAAGGAUCAAACUCCUGCUUUGGAUCUUGAAUGCAGUAAAGAAGAUGUCGCUAAGGCGUGGGUUGCUGGGAUACAGCAUCUGAUGCGUGCACGAAGGACGGAGACCAUCAUUGAUAAACGCAAAAGGUGGAUUUCAGAGUACUUCCAUAAAGGAAAGAACGCGGACGAUCGACUAGAGUCCAAAGAAGCCAAGAAGGUCCUGGCACAGAUGAACAUCCAAAUAAAAGAGUCUCAGAUUGAUAUGGUUAUACAGAAACUGGACAAAGAUCAGACAGGUGCAUUGAACUUGGAUGAGUUCACCCAAUUUUACAACGACGUGACAGCCCGAGAGGAGAUUGAAGAGCUGUUCGAUAAGUAUGCUGUGGAUGGAGAAAACAUGAAGGUGCAUGAACUGAUGCAGUUCCAUGCUAAGGAGCAAAAGGUUGCUAUUGAUGCUAAAGGCUGUGGAAAGCUCAUAGAGAAGUUUGAGCCCGACUCUGAGCUGAAGAAGAAGAACAUUUUGAGCCUAGAGGGCUUCACGUUGUACCUGCAGUCUGCCGAGAGCGAUGUCUUCAACCAUACUCAUGAUGAGGUUUACCAAGACAUGACCCAGCCGCUCAGCCAUUACUUCAUCGCUUCUUCACACAACACCUACCUUCUAGAGGACCAAAUUCGCGGUCCCAGUAGUAAGGAAGGAUACGUCAGAGCCCUGCUAAAGGGCUGCAGGUUCCUGGAGCUGGACUGUUGGGAUGGAGACGACGGAGAGCCCGUCAUUUACCACGGCUACACCCUCACGUCUAAAGUCCUGUUUAGAGACGUUAUAGAGGCGAUCGGACGUUACGCUUUCAAAGCAUCGCCGUAUCCAGUCUUCCUGUCCCUGGAGAACCACUGCAGUGUUGUGCAGCAGCGCGCCCUAGCGGCGCACAUGGUGAACAUCCUCGGCGACUCACUGUGCAACAUUCCUGCCACAUCUGACAUGCAAAAACUGCCAUCUCCUCAACAGCUUCGCGGGAAAAUUAUCGUGAAGAACAAGAAGCUGAAACGGAACGUGGCAGAAGAUGACGUAAGUGACGAAGACGAAGCGGCAGAGACGGAAGACGUGGAAGUACAAGAACGUGUGAAGACGUGCAAAGAAAAGAAAAAGACUAUCAAGUUGGCAAAAGAGCUGUCGGACCUUGUCAACAUAUGCGAAGCGGUACAUUUCUACAGUUUCCAACACUCGCGGGAAAAAGAUAUGCCGUACAAUAUCAGCUCUAUCAAGGAGGGGAAAGCUGACAGUCUUGUGAAAGAUCAAGCGGCAGAUUUCAUUGAUCAUACGAAACGUCAACUGGUCAAGAUAUACCCCUCCGGUGCAAAAGUGGACUCUUCCAACAUGGACCCUUACCUGUACUGGGCUGCUGGAUGCCAAAUAGUUGCUUUGAACUACCAGACACCAUGUGACCAGAUGGACCUGAACCUGGGUCUGUUCCGGCAGAACGGGAGAUGUGGAUAUGUGCUGAAGCCAGAGGCUCUCAGAGACGCGCAAACCAGGCUGGAUACAUCGAAUAACAUCCCUGAGAAGUAUAAGAAGACGCUCAAAAUCAAGGUGAUCAGUGGUUUCCAGCUCCCUACUCCUAAGGGCGAAGGCAGUGGCGGCAGUGCAGUGGACCCGUAUGUCAAGGUGCAGGUCUACGGAGUACCAGCCGACUGUGCUGAGGACGGGACUGACGUGGUGAAAAACAACGGCUUCCAUCCCGUGUGGAACUGUGACAUGUCCUUCCCGCUGACCUUCCCUGACCUGGCACUGGUGAGGUUUGAGGUGAAAGAACAUGACACGAUGAGCGACAGUGAGACAAUUGGGCAGUUCUCCUUACCUGUGUCCAGUAUGCAGCAAGGGUAUCGACAUGUUCAUCUCCUGAGUAAAGACCAGGAAGACCUCAGCCCAGCAGCACUGUUCAUCCACGUCAGCCUCCAAUGAAACCUACAUUUCUAAUAUUCAAGACUAGUAUGAGGCUGCGCAACACAAAGAGUCCGGUAGAGACUAGGCCGAACAUAGGUAGAGUAAGAGACACAGUAGGUAAGUAGGUAAGAGUACGGUUGGAGUGCUAGUGAUGAGAACAAGCUCGACUACAAGCAAGACUGGAUCUCGGGCUAGAUUGACAUUUACUACGGUCCUUGAAAUUUGUCAUCAGAGUUAUAACCUAAGUGUACUCCUAGGUAGGUAAGACUACUGUCCCGAUUGGAAAAAAGGAGCCAUGUCGGGCAAUUCAUUGGCUUUUUUUUAACACUUUCGGGCGUGACGUCCACGUGGCCCCUUCGGAUGCCCUGCGGCUCACAGUAUAUAUUUGAGUACGACCGGGCCCAGGAUAAUCAUUUAAGUGCGUAGUAGUCGUUAAAGUUGGCCCGGGACCCGAUGAGAAACAGACGCAUUGACCUACACGCUGAGGGACGUCCCCUACCGGUUUCCGGCAGUCCCGCAGGAUCCAGUGCAACUUGGCCUCCCAUGUAAGGGGAGAGUAAAGGGGAGCCCCUUAAACUUACUUGUAGGCACUCAGGCUAUGCGUGAACAAUCAUGCUCAGCAGAAAAAAGAUUAAGUUUCGAUUAGUCAUUUGCAUUAAUUCUAAUUCUGAUAAACUGCUCCUCGACGAGCAUGACCAACGUUUAACAUGUCCGGUGAUUUUUGUAACCCAUUUUUCAUAUUUAAUUUUUUAAGUCUCCACGGAACUGUUUUUCCCUCGACUAAAUAUACAGUUGUACAAGGUUUGAUUUGUAUUAAAUCAUAUAAUCACUGAGCUGUGUAAAGCUGAUGAACCCUUCAGUUGUGUUUAGUAAACAUUAGCUAUAUUAAGGGUCUGCAUGGGCGUGCCGACAACGAUGUACGCUGAAUUCAAA